AUAGUAAAAUCAGACAAAAUGAAAGUUGCAUUUUGUACAGAUAUGGAUAAGUCUGUUAUAGUUUAUAACUUUGAAAAACGUGGAUGGAUUCAAGUUGGACCUGAGGAAGAUUGGAAUUUUUAUUGGGCUGCUACUGUGUCUUGCAGAAAUAUUUUUAGUGUGGAAAUAGGUUAUAGAAUGCAAGAUAAUCAAGCUAUCAAUCAUUUUCCAAAUCAUUAUGAAUUGACACGUAAAGAUCUUCUGGUGAAAAAUAUCAAAAGAUAUCGCAAAGAUUUAGAACGUGAAGGAAGUCCCCUUGCUGAAAAAGGCGAUGGACCAGGGAAAUAUGUCUAUUUAAACUUCAUUCCAGUGACAUUUGUCCUACCUGCAGAUUACAAUAUGUUCGUCGAGGAAUAUCGUAAAUGUCCACAGAGUACGUGGAUAAUGAAGCCAUGUGGAAAAUCUCAAGGAACUGGCAUUUUUUUGAUAAACAAAUUAAGUAAAUUAAGAAAGUGGUCAAGAGAAGCAAAAACAUUUUUGAAUCCAAAUCUAGUUAAAGAACUUUAUGUUAUCUCAAGGUACAUAGAAAAUCCUUUACUGAUAGGAGGUAAAAAGUUUGAUUUACGAUUAUAUGUACUCAUUACAUCUUUCCGUCCACUGAAAGUAUAUCUUUUUAAACUUGGAUUUUGUCGAUUUUGUACAGUAAAGUACGAUACAAGUAUGCAAGAGUUGGACAAUAUGUAUGUUCAUCUUACAAAUGUAUCUGUACAGAAACAUGGGGAAGAAUACAAUAGUUUACAUGGAGGAAAAUUGAGUGUUCAAAAUUUGCGACUCUAUUUAGAAAGUACUCGAGGAAAACUUGUUACCCAGAAACUAUUUGAAAAUAUUUCCUGGUGUAUCAUCCAUUCCUUAAAAGCUGUAACACCAGUAAUUGCUAAUGACAGACAUUGCUUUGAAUGCUACGGUUAUGACAUCAUCAUAGACAAUAAACUGAAGCCUUGGUUAAUAGAGGUAAAUGCAUCGCCAUCUUUAACUUCAACAACUGUAAAUGAUCGUAUUUUAAAAUACAAACUAAUUGAUAAUAUUAUAUCAAUAGUUUUACCACCCGGAGGAAUACCUGAUGUAAAAUGGAAUAAAUGUCCUACUAGUGAAGCAAUGGGAAAUUUUGAACUUCUAUUAGAUGAAGAAUUAUCUGCACAUGGCGAAAGAGAUCAUUUUAUUGGAAAACUAAAGAGUUCACUUUAUAAGUGGAAAUAAAUUUUUCAUUGAUUGAAAUAAUUUAUAAAAAGUUUAUUCAUGAAUUUAUGUUAAAUUCAUACGAAUUUGAAUAAAACGUUGGUGCCCCUCUCCCAUAUUGUUUAUUUUGUUACAUGUAAGGAAUUGGAAAAUAAGAUAAUAAAAGAUUUUUAAUUAAAUCGCUGAAACAACCCUUUAAGGAUUAAGAUGUCGAAGGUUCGUAUUGCAGAUCUUGGUAUGUGACGAGUUCCGUGCAUAUAAAUUUCACUAUUUGUGAG